UAUGCUGAGAAAGUGGCUGCUCGAGGACUCUGUGCUAUUGCUCAGUGUGAAUCUUUGCGUUACAAACUAAUUGGUGGACUGGCUGUGAGAAGAGCCUGUUAUGGUGUACUCCGUUUCAUCAUGGAGAGUGAAGCAAGAGGAUGUGAGGUUGUAGUGUCUGGAAAACUUCGUGGUCAGCGAGCCAAGUCUAUGAAGUUUGUUGAUGGCCUCAUGAUUCAUAGUGGAGAACCAACCAAUGACUAUGUUGAAACAGCAGUUCGUCAUGUUUUACUAAGACAAGGUGUGGUUGUAUAAUCCCAGGAAAACCAAAGGGACGAUCCACUAUGUCA